GUAAUCGAUCAAAUCAAGUAAUCAAUUUCGCAGCUGUACGACCACGUGACUGUCAUAUAUCGCCGACCAUGUGAUGUUAGGGAUGAGAUGACGAUAAUCAAUUGAAAGAUUUGUGUUCGUUUUUUUUUUGUGUGUAUUUUAUUGUUUACAAUGCUUACUAAAAGUAUCUUUUAUACGAUCGUUUAUAUAACUACAUCUUUAUAUACGGUUAGUGGUAGCAGAUCAUUUACUAUUGAUUACGAUAAUAAUUGUUUUUUGAAAGAUGGAAAGCCUUUUCGUUAUGUUUCGGGAUCCAUGCAUUACUUUAGAGUACCAUCAUCAUUAUGGGAAGACAGAAUGUUGAAAAUGAAAGCAGCUGGUCUGAAUGCUCUACAAACAUAUAUUGAAUGGAAUUCUCAUGAACCUGAGCCAGGAACUUAUAUUUUUGAAGAUAAUUAUGAUAUUGUAAAUUAUAUUCAAACAGCUGGUAAAGUCGGUUUAUUAGUGAUUCUAAGACCUGGACCAUUUAUUGAUGCAGAAAGAGAAAUGGGUGGCUUACCAUAUUGGUUAUUAAAAGUCAAGCCUGAUAUGCAACUAAGAACAAGUGACGCAGAUUAUUUGUAUUAUGUCGAUCGAUGGUUUAAUAUUCUGUUCCCAAAAUUAAAACCACUUUUGUAUUCAAAUGGAGGUCCUGUAAUUUCCAUUCAGAUAGAAAAUGAAUAUGGUAGUUAUUCAGCAUGUGAUUUUAAAUAUACAAAUCAUCUUAGGGAUCUAUAUUUACAACACUUUAACGACAGUGUUAUCUUCUUUACAACUGAUGGAAGUAGUAGUUCAGAUUUGGUUUGUGGAAGAAUUAAUGGAGUUUUUGCAACUAUUGAUUUUGGUUCUGAUCUUGUUAGUGGUAGCAGAUCAUUUACUAUUGAUUACGAUAAUAAUUGUUUUUUGAAAGAUGGAAAGCCUUUUCGUUAUGUUUCGGGAUCCAUGCAUUACUUUAGAGUACCAUCAUCAUUAUGGGAAGACAGAAUGUUGAAAAUGAAAGCAGCUGGUCUGAAUGCUCUACAAACAUAUAUUGAAUGGAAUUCUCAUGAACCUGAGCCAGGAACUUAUAUUUUUGAAGAUAAUUAUGAUAUUGUAAAUUAUAUUCAAACAGCUGGUAAAGUCGGUUUAUUAGUGAUUCUAAGACCUGGACCAUUUAUUGAUGCAGAAAGAGAAAUGGGUGGCUUACCAUAUUGGUUAUUAAAAGUCAAGCCUGAUAUGCAACUAAGAACAAGUGACGCAGAUUAUUUGUAUUAUGUCGAUCGAUGGUUUAAUAUUCUGUUCCCAAAAUUAAAACCACUUUUGUAUUCAAAUGGAGGUCCUGUAAUUUCCAUUCAGAUAGAAAAUGAAUAUGGUAGUUAUUCAGCAUGUGAUUUUAAAUAUACAAAUCAUCUUAGGGAUCUAUAUUUACAACACUUUAACGACAGUGUUAUCUUCUUUACAACUGAUGGAAGUAGUAGUUCAGAUUUGGUUUGUGGAAGAAUUAAUGGAGUUUUUGCAACUAUUGAUUUUGGUUCUGCUAUAUGUUUCAUGGAGGUACAUCAUUUGGUUUUUCUAAUGUAUUCAACUCUUUGGAAUGUAUUAAAAGUAAAUGACUUUUUUAUAUCGAAAUAUCCCAUAUCUUUUGAAGAAAUGAGCCAUGGUUAUGGAUUUGCUGUGUAUACAACUAUGGUUUCUUUUCUUACUACCGAUCCAGUUAUGCUUUAUGUUCCUGGCCUUCGAGACAGAGGAUAUGUAUAUGUAGACCAGACUUUACAAGGUAUUUUGAGUCGUGGUGAAAAUAUUUAUUCUUUACCAAUUGUGGUAAGACCAAACCAAAAUAUUACAAUUCUAGUAGAAAAUCAAGGACGUGUAUGCUUUGGUAGUGGCAUAAAUGAUACAAAAGGUAUCAUUCAAAAUGUAACUCUCGGUUCAACAAUACUCACUGAUUGGACUAUUUAUCCGGUAUCAUUAAAACCUGAAAAUUUAAUUAAAUAUUUGAUUUCUAAUGCAGAAGAUACAGAUAUUCCAUGCACUGAUUGUACACCUGGAUUUUAUAUGAGUUUAUUUAAAUUACCAAAUAAACCAGGCUAUCCUUAUGAUACAUUUUUAAAAUUAAAUGGAUGGCAUAAAGGUGUUGCCUUCUUAAACGAACACAAUUUAGGUCGAUAUUGGCCAAUAAUUGGUCCUCAAGUUACACUGUAUGUUCCAAGUGUUUUUUUCGAAUCCAAUAAUGAAUGGAAUAGUAUUGUUCUGUUCGAAUUGGAGCAUGCACCCUGUGAUGUUUCGUCUACCUGCAUUAUAUCUCUUGUCAAAGAUCCCAUUCUCAAUGGAACUACACCAAAUUAAAUUUUUUCUGCCAUGUAUCAACAUACAGUAACUUUUUAAUCAGAUUUUAUGAGUGAUCUCAAUAAAACACCAAAGAAUAAAAUUUUUAAAUUUCAAAGAAAAUGGGCAAAUAAAUAUCUAGAUUAUUUAAUUAUUCCCUGUGAUAAUGGGAGUUACUGUUAUUAAUUA